UCUUUGUGGCUCGCCGCUCUGGGUCGAAGCUUGUCCCUGGCGGCUCCUGGGCUUCGCGGAAAGAAGAGAUUACCCCCAAAAUCUCUCACACACAGAACCUGGUUGUACUGAAGUUCUUGCUAAGCUGUUUCAUUCCAGAAUGGCUGUGGAUUCCAGAGCAAUUUCAACUCAGAUACCUCAGGAUCAUCAGGAACAAGAAUUAAUACUAGUGAAAAUAGAAGAUAGCUUUUCUUGGGGUCAGAAAUUUAAACAGAAUGGGAGUAUCCAAUCCUGCCAAGAAUUGUUUCGACAACAGUUCAGAAAGUUUUGUUACCAUGAGACACCUGGGCCCCGGGAAGCUCUGGGCCGACUCCAGGAGCUUUGCUAUCAGUGGCUAAUGCCAGAAUUGCACACAAAGGAGCAGAUCUUAGAACUUCUGGUGCUGGAGCAGUUUCUGAGCAUCCUACCUGAGGAGCUGCAAAUCUGGGUUCAGCAACAUAGUCCAAGAAAUGGGGAGGAAGCUGUGACCCUGUUGGAAGAUUUGGAAAGAGAAUUUGAUGAUCCAGUGCAGCAGGUCCCAGCUAAUCCACAGGGACCAACAGUGCCAUGGAAGGAUUUGACAUGUCUAGCAGCAUCCCAAGAGUCAACAAACUUUCAACUCCAACCUUUAAAGUCACAACUGAAAUCUUGGAAACCCUGCCUUUCCCCUAAACGUGAUUGUGAAAACAAUGAAACAACAACACAGGACAUUUCAGGAGAAAAUUCACAGGGAUUCUCUCAGGAACCUUCAUUUGGAGUGGUUAGUGAGCGUGAAAGCAAUUUAGACUGGCAACAAGGAAGUGCUAUGGGGCAGAAAUUAAGAAGAUCCUCUCCACACGGGAGUAGUUGUAGGCAGGUGAUUUUCACACACAAAUCUUUAGGAAAGAGAGACCAUCAUGAUGAGCCUCAAAGAUGCUUGAUUCUAAGUACAAACCCUAUAACAAGUCAGAAAGUUCCUUCAGAAGAGAGACCUUAUAGAUGUGAUGUGUGUGGGCACAGUUUCAAGCAGCAUUCAUCUCUAACACAACAUCAGAGAAUCCAUACUGGAGAAAAGCCCUAUAAAUGUAACCAGUGUGGGAAGGCCUUUAGUUUAAGGUCAUAUCUGAUUAUUCAUCAAAGAAUUCAUAGUGGUGAGAAAGCAUAUGAAUGUAGUGAAUGUGGAAAAGCCUUCAAUCAAAGCUCAGCCCUCAUUAGACACCGGAAAAUUCACACUGGUGAGAAAGCUUGUAAAUGUAAUGAGUGUGGUAAAGCCUUCAGUCAAAGUUCAUAUCUUAUUAUACAUCAAAGAAUUCACACUGGUGAGAAGCCGUAUGAGUGUAAUGAGUGUGGGAAAACCUUUAGCCAGAGCUCCAAGCUUAUUAGACAUCAGCGAAUUCAUACAGGAGAGAGACCGUAUGAGUGUAAUGAAUGUGGGAAAGCUUUCAGGCAGAGCUCAGAACUGAUUACCCACCAGAGAAUACAUAGUGGGGAGAAACCCUAUGAAUGUAAUGAAUGUGGAAAAGCCUUCAGUCUGAGCUCAAACCUCAUCAGACAUCAGCGAAUUCACAGUGGAGAGGAACCUUAUCAGUGUAAUGAAUGUGGCAAAACCUUCAAAAGGAGCUCAGCCCUUGUUCAGCAUCAGAAAAUCCAUUCUGGGGAUGAAGCUUAUAUAUGUAAUGAAUGUGGGAAGGCUUUCAGUCGGAGUUCAGACCUUAUUAAACAUCAAAGAGUCCACACUGGUGAAAAACCUUAUAAAUGUGAUGAAUGUGGGAAAGCCUUUAGUCAGAGUUCAGAUCUUAUUAUACAUCAGAGAAUCCAUACAGGAGAGAAACCUUAUCAAUGCAGUCAUUGUAAUAAAAGUUUUAGCCAGCGCUCAGACCUAGUUAAACAUCAGAGAAUUCACACUGGAGAGAAGCCUUAUACGUGUAACCAGUGUAACAAACAAUUUAGUCAAAGUUCUGAUGUUAUAAAACAUCAAAGAAUCCACACUGGGGAGAAACCAUAUAAGUGUGAUGUAUGUGGGAAACCCUUCAGUCAGAGCUCAGACCUUAUUCUGCAUCAGAGAAUCCACACUGGGGAGAAGCCAUAUCCAUGUAAUCAAUGUAGCAAAAGUUUCAGUCAGAAUUCAGACCUUAUUAAACAUCGAAGGAUCCACACUGGAGAGAAGCCCUAUAAAUGUAAUGAGUGUGGAAAGGCUUUUAAUCAAAGCUCAGUUCUUAUUCUGCAUCAAAGAAUUCACACCGGAGAAAAACCCUAUUCAUGUAAUCAGUGCAGCAAAACUUUCAGUAGGCUUUCAGAUCUUAUUAAUCAUCAACGAAUUCACACUGGAGAGAAGCCUUAUCCAUGUAAUCAGUGCAAUAAAAUGUUUAGUCGAAGAUCAGAUCUCGUUAAACAUCAUAGAAUUCAUACAGGUGAGAAACCCUAUGAAUGUGACGACUGUGGGAAAACCUUUAGUCAGAGCUCCAACCUUAUUCUACAUCAGAGAAUCCACACUGGAGAGAAACCUUAUCCAUGUAGUGAUUGCACUAAAAGUUUUAGUCGCCGUUCAGAUCUCGUAAAGCAUCACAGAAUACACACUGGAGAGAAACCAUAUGCUUGUAAUUUGUGCAAUAAAAGUUUUAGUCAAAGUUCAGACCUCACUAAACAUCUGAGAGUGCACUCUGGUGAAAAGCCCUAUCGUUGUGAUAGUUGUGAGAAAACCUUCAGUCAGAGGUCUGACCUUAUUCUUCAUCAGCGAAUUCACACUGGAGAAAAACCAUAUCCAUGCACACAGUGCAGCCGAAGUUUCUGUCAGAACUCGGACCUCAUCAGACACCAAAGAGUUCACACUGGGGAAAGACCUUAUAAAUGUAAUGAGUGUGGGAAGGCUUUCAGUCAGUGCUCAGCUCUCAUCCUGCAUCAGAGAAUCCACACUGGGGAGAAACCAUAUCCAUGUGACCAAUGUAGCAGAAGCUUUAGUCAUCGCUCUGAACUCAUUAAUCAUCAAAAAAUCCACACAGGUGAAAAAAUCAUAUAAAUGUGAUGCAUGUGGGAAAACCUUCACUAUGGGAAUAGAUCUCAUUGAUCACCAGAAGAUCCACACUGAGGACAAAAUGUACCAGUGUGUUCAGUGCAGCAUAAGUUUUAGCCAAUUCUCUGAUCUUAUUAAUCAUGAGAAACUCCAUUCUGGGCAAGACAGUUUAAAUGUGAUGAAUGAGGGGAAACCCUUACUGUAUACACCAACUUUAUUCAGUUCCAGAGACACUAUACCAGAACAAAAAUCUUAUGAAUGCUAUUGAUGACCAUGAAAAAGGUUUUAAUCAAUAUUUAGCUGUUAUGCUCAAUUUAAAAACAAAACCC